ACGAUGCGGGGCGCUUUCCCGGGCUUGCGGCGACCCGCGCUUGUCCUCGUCGUGAGCCCCCAUGACGUGCUCGAGCCGGCGGCGCUAAAGCGAGCGCUACGAAGCUCGACCAUCGACGCUAUCCAGCUCCGGAACAACCCCGAGAUGCCUGUACCCAACUCGAUCUACAUCAAGACGGCCACCCAACUCGCUGCCAUGCGCGACCGGCGAGGCCCCCGCCCGCUGCUCAUCCUCAAUGCGCCUUACGACACGAGCUUGCAGCAUCUAUAUCCUGAGAUUGCCGACGCAUUCCACUAUCCCGAGCGCACCAUCAUGGAUGCAUCGGUUGCGGACGACCUGCAGCGCGGACCCUCUCUUUACGGGUUCUCCGUCCACUCGGUGCCUUCGGCCCGCCGAGCGAUCAAGCUAGGUGCUUCUUACCUCCAGGUCGGCACGAUGUUCCCGACGGCGUCGCAUCCGGAGAAGAAGGUCGUCGAAGGACCUGCCCUCAUCCACGAGAUCCACAAACGCUUUCCGGACGUGCCUCUCAUUGGCAUCGGUGGCAUCGACGAGACCAAUUGCGCCGACGUCCUCGCAGCCGGUGCGAGUGGCGUUUCCGUCAUUCGUGCCAUCCUUGCGGCGAAGAGCCCCGGCGCCGUUGCCGAGCACCUCCGGCGCGAACUCGAUACUCGCCGGGAGCCCAAUCUCUCAAGCUCGCUAUAAGGCCUCAGCUAAACGGUGUUCCUGGCGGCCAAGCCACACACAGAUGUAC